AUGCUUUCUGAUCCUGGAUUCCGUGAACUGAUUUCGCUACCUUUAAGUCCAACUGUAUUGAAUGGACUUACACGAGCUGGAUUUAAUUGUAUAUCAGAAAUUGUUGGACUAAGUGUUGAUCGUAUAGUAUCUAUAUGCGGAGUAAGCACAAAAGUUGCUCGUACUACAGUAGAUAUAAUUCAGCGUUACAAUCAAUCAUCCAUUGAAUGCACUGAUAUCAAUAAGCUUGGAAUAUUUGGUUUGAAUACAGCAUGGGAUUUACUUGAUACUGCACAGACGACAACAACAACAACAACCAAUGAUAAUGGUGAUCUUAUUGAAGAUAAAAGAAAUAAAUGUAAUUAUCUAGUGAGUAUGUGUCGAAGUUUUGAUGAGCUUCUUGGCGGUGGUUUUCCAACUAACCGAUUGACUGAAUUAUGCGGUGAACCUGGAGUAGGAAAAACUCAAUUCUGUCUUCAAGCGUGUGUCAAUGUACAAAUUCCUAAGUGGUUCGGUGGGCUUGAUGGACAAGCUUUAUUUUUAGAUACUGAAGGGAAUUUCAUCCCUGAACGUGUUCGACAAAUGGCUGUUGCUUUAGCCAACCACUGUAAGCAGCAUUAUAUUUCAGCAAAUCCAGAGAAUUCUGAUGAGUUUUCCAUUCAACAACAUUGUCCAAGUGUUGAAAGUAUAAUGUCUGGUAUUCACUACAUACGAAUCCAAGAUCAUUUGAAGUUGCUGGCUGUUUGUCAACAUCUUGAACAAUUUUGUGAACAACAUCCAUUGAUCCGAUUAAUAGUCGUUGAUAGUAUCGCUCUGCCAUUUCGUUAUGACUUUGAUGAUAUACCACAACGUAAUCGAUUGUUGGCUAGUGUAGCACAAACCUUACUUGGCAUUGCUGGACGUCAACAAGCAACAGUUAUUCUUACCAAUCAAAUUACAACAAGAUUUGAUACAAAACAUUUGAAUUCCGGUCAAUCCAAUUGUAUACCUGAACAAGAACAAUUUAGCAAUAAAUAUGAUCAAAGUUCAUGUUUAGUUCCUGCACUUGGAGAUAGUUGGGGACAUAUUUGUUCUGUUCGAGUGUUCUUAACACGUUUAUCAAAUGGAUGUCGUCAAGUUCGAUUAAUUAAGCAUCCUGGUAGACCAUGUGGUGUAGGAUAUUAUCAGAUUACAACUGGUGGUAUUCGUGAUAUUGUUCAAAACCACAACAUCAACAACAAUAAUCACAAACAGAUGACAUAA